AAGCUGGCAAGAUGGCGCUGGGAAGGCAGUGAGAUGAGAAAGGGUGGCGAAUCGAGGACGCUCCUUCCCGUGUAAAAAGUGUGUGCAGGUGUAGGAAGAGAAGGUGGAAAUGGAACUGCCAAAUCAUGCCAAACAGUUGAUGCUGCAGCUCAACCAACAGAGGGCUAAGGGUUUCCUGUGUGACGUGAUCAUCGUAGUGGAGAAUGCCCUCUUCCGGGCACACAAGAACAUCCUGGCUGCCAGCAGCAUCUACUUCAAAUCCCUCGUGCUCCACGACAACCUCAUCAACCUGGACACAGAGAUGGUUAACCCGUCCAUUUUCCGUCAGAUACUGGACUUUAUCUACACGGGCAAGCUUCUGUCCACCGACCAGGCCAGCGAGCAGAACUUCAAUGCCCUCUUGACAGCAGCAAGCUACCUCCAACUGCACGACCUGGCGGCCUUGUGCAGGAAGAAGCUGAAACGCAGCGGAAAGGCCUUGCCCAGCAAGCUGUCCUCUCCGUGUGUCAACCGGCUUGUCCGAAGCCAGCGCCUCUCCUCUACCCCUGUUGCCCAAAACUGCUUUUCUGGUUCGGUGGAGUGCGGGAAGAAGCCAGCAGAUGAAUCGCUGAAGGACAAGCUGUCGGAUGACGAGCUCUUCAUUGGUGGACCCCUCCACAAGGGCUCCGUCAACUCCCUCCAGUGCUCAGCAGGACAAAAUGGCAGCAACGGCAAUAUCAGUAGCGGAAGUGCUGGUGACCAGGAGCUGGGCCUCGACCUCUCUAAGAAGAGCCCGUCUGCGAGCACCGCCACCGAGGAGGUGAGCCCCAACAGUAACUCCCAGGAAUCUCCACAAUCUGCCUCAGUCUCCACAACCAACAGUGCCUCAUUUGAAGACUCUGCCAUCAACCCCCAGAGCCUGGAUGGCGGGGAGCCUAUGGAUGUGGGUGGGGGCACCGGGGGUGGCGGCAAGGAAAGCCAGCCGCUGCCGGAGCCGGUCCAAACGCGCAAGAGCUCCCGCCAGGUCGCCCGCAAGAAAGAGUGGCCAAAGAGGGAGGUGGGCAGCAAGGGUGAAGAGCGGGCCGUGCCCAACGGCGUUAUUGUGGCACCUCGAACGGGGGAGCACCACUUGAGCGGCCGCGGCAGCAGUGCCGGCGGUGGUGGGGGAAGCAGCAGCAGCUUCGCGUCCGACCACUCUUUCCAGUGCAAGGAGGAAGAAGACGUGGAGAACGGCCACAGCGAGGACAGCGGCCAGAGUGACGGCGAGAGCAGCCACCCCAGCGCCAACUACGUGUACCGGCAAGAGGGCUUUGAGGCGGCCUUUGGGGACAACCUCUACGUGUGCAUCCCCUGCGGCAAGGGCUUCCCAAGUUCGGAGCAGCUCAAUGCCCACGUAGAGAGCCACACGGAGGAGGAGCUCUACAUCAAGGAGGAGGGCACCUACGUCAAGGAGGAGGACGGCGAGGAGGCCGAGGACCUGUCUGCGACGGUGGCGCCUGCCAGCUUCGGCUCCGAGUCUCGGCCCUUCAAGUGUACCGUCUGCACCAAGAGCUACAAGGACCCGGCGACCCUGCGGCAGCACGAGAAGACCCACUGGCUAAGCCGGCCCUUCCCUUGCAACAUUUGCGGCAAGAUGUUCACGCAGCGCGGCACCAUGACGCGCCACAUGCGCAGCCACCUCGGCCUCAAGCCCUUCGCCUGCGAAGAGUGCGGCAUGCGCUUCACGCGCCAGUACCGCCUGACGGAGCACAUGCGGGUCCACUCGGGCGAGAAGCCCUACGAAUGUCAGCUCUGCGGGGGCAAGUUCACCCAGCAGCGCAACCUCAUCAGCCACCUGCGAAUGCACACCUCUCCCACAUAGAAGCCAAAGACCGCACUGUCCCGGCUUGACGCCCGUGCGCGCCGCGCGCAGCCCGCCUGUCCGCGCACGCUUUGUUGCGCGUGGUUGCAUGUGCGCCGUCUAGCCUGUGGUCAGACUGCGGCAGCCGUCAGCGUCGCCUCGAAGCGAACCGCGGUGCAAGAUGCUCUCCUCAGAAGCAACCGGGUGUUCUCGAAACAACAUGCUGUGAUUGCGACCGGGGCCCCUCCGCUGCCCCGGAGCCACCGGAAGCCAACUCAUCUUCACCUCCGUGGUCUUUUGCGUUCUUUCGUUUACUCACAUUCCUGUCACGCCGGGCAAAAAUGCUGAACUUGUGUUGCCCUCGUGGUGGUGCGUGAAAUCCUGGUUGAGGCUCCCCGUGGUCCCCGUAUCACUUGUGUUCAAGCGGACACGCAGGCAAUAAUUUCGUAGCGGCUGUGCGCCCCGGCCCCGGCGUAGAAACUACGCACGAGGUGCCCAAACGCCUGCGGUGUGGGGCAAAUCCAGGGUAUUGCGCUGGGAGCUUGGUGUGGUGUGCUGCUGCGCUGUGGUCGAGGUGGUUCUCGUAGUAUCGCCAACGCACGCUUCCUGCUUGCUGUCCUUCGACGUCUCUCGUACAAGUGAGACGGGGUUCCGGGGAGCUUUUCGAUUUGCAUUAAUCUGUUUUUCAAGGGUUGUUUUCCCUUCGAAGAAAAGCAAAUAUUAGAGGUACUGAAUUUAUUGGGGAUCAGGUGUGUGGGGGGGGUUAAUGUAAUGUUUAUUUGAAUGUCUGAUCUGGAAGUUUAUGGGUUGUUUGUCCUUGUUGGGCUCUGCGGGGGAGGGGAGGGGAGGGGGCGAGGGGGCUUUUGUCGGUGUAGGACAGACCUUUUGUAGGUACAUGUGUUUAAGUUUCGUGUCUGCGCAUAGCUUUCCUCCCGUUACACAAAAACGGCACGUCUGUCGGAGCAGACCUGCAGUCUCACUACCUCUUAAUUAUUCUUAAGAACAAUACAUUGCUUAGUGGAAGUUCAUAAAUGUAAUUAAUUGUAUAAAGUGUGUAGAAUACAGUAACUUUUAACCUGAUGCUUUAACCUGCCCAUCUCUCAACAAAGGUUUUUAAUGCUUGAUUCUGUGAGGUUAAUUUCUCGAGGACUUUCUUGACCAGAGAGAGCUUCUGGGGGUGCUGCCCUCCCUCGCUCAAAAUGUACUGUACUUUCCUUGCCUGGAGCAAAUGUUUGACAGUAGGUUAGAUGUGCUAAAGUGUGUCCCAAAGAGCUGAUGAAUGUUAAGGAGGAAAGAGCUAACUAACAAGCUUUGCUAGAGAAGUUCAUAACCAAAGUUGAAAAGAGAUGUGCUUAAAUAUAUAGCAGACUAAAUUAUUUCUUUCUUAAUUUUUUUUCCUUGUAAAAAGCAGAUUGUGAUUUUAUUCUAGGUUUAGAUUUAAAAAAAAAAAAAAAAAAAAAAAAAAAAGGAACUUCAGUUAUGGGAUGGUGUUGGAAUCCUGACCAGUGACUAUUUAUAACCAAGGACAGUUUUUGUGGUUUGCAAGUAAAACUUCUGCUGAUUGGUGGGCUGGUAAUACUGUAAACGCUCACAUAUGUAGAUGUUUACAGUGUUCCCUCAACUAUCUUUUGUUCCCAGGUCCUCCUAACUUUACCUGUUUUUAUCUGGAUUUUAAGACAUUUAUUUUGACUUCAGACCAAAAAAGUUUCAAAUUAUAAUCAGAUUUUGCAAGUGAAGUUAUGUUUUCUUGUUAGCUUUGGGCCGGACUUGUGGACGUUCUCUUGCAGGACAGAGGACGGGUCAGGGAUGCGCUGGACUGCUUGCUAAUGUGGUCUUGUCAUCAAUGUGCUCUUGACUGCUGUGACGUGACGUGACGUGGCGUAUCGUGAGCGCCAGCGCUGGGGGUCGCUCCUCUUUGCUGCCGCCGCUCUCAGUGUGUACGCAAACGUAGGGAACCUGCACGCUCAGCUGCGAGAAAUGACUUUGCAAGACAAACAUUUGGCAGGUAUCUCACGGCGCGCGUGCUGACCGGUACCUAUGAAAAGCUGCGUCCGCUCUCUUAUUCCCCGUCGCGUCGUGUGGAGGGACGAGUCUUUGGUACUGGCAUUCCAACAUGUUUGUGGGUGUGUGGUGUUUUUUUUUUUUUUUUU